AUGGCACACUUUAUUAUGACAAUUGAAGAUGACGCUGAAAUCGAAUAUGAUGAUAUAGAAGAAGAAGAUGAUGCAGUAGAACCAACUACUGAUCAUUCCUUGUAUUUUUUAGGAUUGAAAGAUGAUGCUCCUAGAAAAUCAAUUGAUGAUAUUAUAGAAGCAAAAAGAAAUGAUGUUAAAGUCAUAUUAAAAACUAGUGAUAGUAGUGAUGAAGAUGAUGAAUUUGAGAAAGAGCGCAAGAAAGAAUACUUUUCAGAACGAAAUGAUUUUCUAAAAGACACUGAGCCGGUUGACUCUUUCCAGACAAUGAAUUUGUCAAGACCAAUUCUAAAAGGUCUAAGCCAACUGGGAUUUGUUGAACCAACUCCCAUACAAAAACAAUCCAUUCCCAUAGCACUAAUGGGCAAAGAUAUUUGUGGUGGUGCGAUCACUGGUUCUGGAAAAACUGUCGCUUUUCUUGUUCCGGUACUGGAACGUUUAUUGUAUCGUCCUAGACAAAUGCCUACGGUUAGAGUGCUUGUUAUAAUACCUACUCGUGAAUUGGGUAUACAGUGUCAUAGUGUUGCAACUAAACUUGCCAAAUUUAUUGACAUUAAUAUUUGCUUAUGUGUUGGCGGUUUAAAUCUUAAAAAACAAGAAAAUGAAUUGAAAAAACGUCCGGAUAUUGUAAUUGCAACACCUGGCAGGCUUAUCGAUCAUGUAAGAAAUUCACCUUCAUUCACUCUAGAAACAAUCGAAAUAUUAAUCUUGGACGAAGCAGAUAGAAUGUUGGAAGAUGGAUUUGCAGAUGAGCUAAAUGAAAUCAUUAAAAAUUGCCCAAAAUCACGUCAAACAAUGUUAUUUUCUGCUACAAUGACUGACAACAUUGACCAACUUAUUAAACUAUCGUUAAGUAAGCCUGUACGAUUGAUGGUUGACAGCGCAAAAUCUACAUCAAAAAAUCUAGUCCAUGAAUUUAUUAGAAUAAGACAAAACAAAGAAAAUGAUAAAGCACCAAUAUUGUUAUUGUUGUGUUCUCGAAUAUUUAAGAGCAAGGUUAUUGUUUUUUUCAAAAGUAAAGCAUUGGCUCAUGAAAUGAAAAUUAUUUUUGGAUUAUUUGGGUUAAAAGCGUCAGAGUUACAUGGUGGUUUAACUCAAGAACAGAGACUUGUUGCACUUGAAUUAUUUAGAAAUGGUGAAGUUGAUUUUCUACUAGCAACAGAUUUGGCCUCGAGAGGUCUAGAUAUUAAAGGUAUAGAAACCGUAAUAAAUCAUGAUAUUCCGAAUAGUUAUCAACAUUAUGUACAUAGAGUCGGAAGAACUGCUCGUGCUGGUCGUAAUGGACAUUCGGUUACGUUAACAUGCGAAUCAGACAGAAAACUAUUAAAGCAAAUAAUAAAACAUACGAUAAAAGAUCAAAUCAGACGACGAACAGUUGAUGCAAAAUCUGUACAGGAACUUGGUGAAAAAUUGAAGCAAUUAAAAUCAAAAAUCAAUGAAGUAUUGAAAGAAGAGAAAGAGGAAAAAUAG